GGUGGUGAACCAAAGACUUGCAGCUUAAUGGAUCCUACUUGAAGACUUUUUGUCUCUUCUUUCCUUGAUGUCCAGCCACAUACACAUUCUGCCAUCCAAUCCUAAGUUGAGAAAUAUAGUAUGCACACGGAAACAACCGGAAUCAUUUCGUGUAUAACUUAAACAAACAAUUCUACUUACUCUAUAGCAAUUCCUAUCUCCAAUGCCAGGAACUAUCCAUGUUUCAGUGUUAGAGUUCAAGGGGAUAGCUUCUUCAUCACCCCCUUCAUCCGUUUUUCUCAAGGUUUCAUUGGGGAAAACUGAGUAUCAAACAUGGGACAAAGGAGAUUUCUCUUUUCCAUUAACCACAUUGCGGGACUCUUUGACUGUUACGAUUCAAGAUCCUGAGGGGAAUGAGAUAUCAAAGAUAGGUGUCCAUUCGAUGGCUAUCGUGGAGAAGGGCAUCUGGGAUGACUUAUUUCCCCUCCAAGAAGGUGGACAUGUGCAUAUGAAGCUGCAAUUUAAUCUCAAUGAAGAGGAGCGCAGCCGAAUACGUGGCAUGAGAGAAUUAGCAUUGAAAAAGAAGCAACUGGAAGAGCUCAGUAAAGAUACACGAUAUUUCAAUAUGGCAAGUGAUGCCAGUGAUUCAGUUGCAUCUUCUCCCAUCAACAAUGAGGUCUCAGGAAAGGAAUCUGCUUUACCAUAUUCUGAUACAAUUUCCAGGAAUUUACAGUCUAACAAUGGAAAAGAAGAAGCUCUUCUACAGAAGCAUAUAGCCCCAAAUGCUACAGAUAAUAGUGAAGAGUCUUCGUCUUCUAAAAUGUCACUGAGGACUGAAGUUCAACAUUUGCCAGUAAGAAAAAAUGACACGCAUCCCCAUCUUUCACAAAACAAUUCAUUGAUUUCAGGAGGUACUGAAUCAGUUGCAAAAAUAAAGCCAGUUCUCUUGAGGAUGGAGGAUACUCCGGCUGGUAAACAUGAGAAGCAGUUUCCUCAGAGGAAACCAGCGAGUAGCAUAAUGAAAAUGAUAAAUGCCUUCGAAACUACCCUAGUUCAGGAAAAGAAGACUCCUAUACAAGUUCCAUCCAAGUCUCAAUCAAAUAGAGCUAGGAAGGAAGGUCUAUUGAAAGAUCAGGUCGUAUCCAAUGUUAAAGAACCAGAACCAAACUCUGAAAGGCCAGAAUAUCUGACAGAUUUGAGGCUAGAACAGAUAGGAAGUGAAGAAGUGUCGAGUUCAGGAAGGCUCUUAAGUCCACCCCAAAUUAGCUCUGAAAAGCUCAGAAGACCUACUAUUUUGGGGAAGCUGCAACAGUUACCUCCAGAUAGCAUGAAUAAAGGAAAGCAUAUUGGUGAUAUUAAAUCAUCUGUAGCCACUAGACAGUUAAUUGUAUCGAGUAUAUCAAAUGCAAUAAAGGUCGAAUCAGCAGAAGCAGAUGCAAUUAUGAAGAUUAAAUCAGAAUCAAAUAAGGACCAGGAUCAUUCUUCUACAGAUGAGAGAUCAUCUGCUUCAAAAGCAUCAAGUGUUCUAAAGCAAGAGGAGAAGGGUUCAGUUCAACUCCAACCUUCUGAUGUAUAUGCUUGGCAGGAAGGCUCUGAAAAGUUUUCAUUUUUUAAGGGAUUGAAGGAAGUCAAAUCUGAAUAUUUAAAUGAAUAUCUUGGGUCUUCAAAUGAAAAACAGAAAACAGUAGCACCUCAUGAGGAUGAGCAACAUCAGCAUGGAAGUUCCACUGCAUGGAUAUUCCCAAAUGAUGCACGGCGUAUGUGUGUAACAUCUGGGGUUACUGCAGUAAUUGACUCGUAUGAUGGUUGCCACACUGAAGGAAAGCACGCAGUAGGACCAGAAGAGAUGAAAGAAAGUGAAACUGACACACUAAAUUUGAGAAAUAGCAAGCCAGAAUGCUGGGCGGAUAAUGCAUUUACAGGAUCAGUGAAACAUGCAAUAAAAAUUGCAAUUGUUGUAGGGUUCGGGGCACUUGUUCUCUUCACCAGACAAAGAGAGCCCAGAAGAAGUAACAGAAAAGCAGAGGAUCCUUUCUUCAGCAGUUUACCUUACACAGGUCUUCAAACAUCAGUUGAGAAAUGAGACCCCCUCCCCCUCGAGCAGAAUUUUGUACAUUGACCUUUUUCAGUAACAUUUUGGUCUACCUUAUGACAAUUAUUUCUUGAAACACAAUUUAUGGUGAAUGUCCAUCGGGACGAGGCAUAUACAUUCUUUUUCAGUAUAUGUAACCGAAGUGGCUGAUUCCAGUUGAA